UGCCAAUGACGUAAGAACAAAAUGAAGGAACUAAAAUUACCGACAAGAAAUAUCUUAACCGGCGCCAUUGUGAACUGGGAGGAUGAUGAAAUGGCCGGCCUCAAUGACAACCCGGAGAAUCUUACACUAUCAUGGAAAGAUUUAUCAGUUUACAGAAAGAAGAAAUUACAAACAAGCAUAUGGAGGUCAGCGGUAUACGAAGAGGUUAAAGUACUACAUGGAGUGAGCGGUGUUGUUUCGUCAGGCAAUUUGGUGGCACUAAUGGGAUCAAGUGGGGCUGGUAAAACAACAUUACUGGCGGCGAUCAGUCGGAGAGAUAAAAGUGCGAUUACUGGCUAUCUCAUGUUGAACGGCCGUCUUGCUGGCGCUGACCUCAUAUCCCGUAUAUCAGGGUUUGUGCCCCAAGAAGACUUGUCUAUAGGCGACCUUUCUGUCAGCGAACAUAUGGAGUUUAUGGCCCGCAUGAUGAUGGACAAGCGGUCGAGUGCAGCAGUCAGAGCGCGUCGUGUUCAGCAGCUUCUCGGCGAGCUCGGGGUUAUGAACUGCACACGUACCAAGUUGAAGGCACUGUCCGGAGGCGAGAGGAAGAGAGUCGCAUUGGCAGUUCAGUUACUUAACGACCCUCCAAUUCUGUUCUGCGAUGAACCAACAACAGGCCUGGACAGUUCUGCAGCUAGUGCUGUUGUCAGUAGACUAAGAAGGCUGGCUAUUGGGGGUAAACUUGUGAUAUGCUCCGUUCACCAGCCAGCUUCUGGUGUGUUUGAAUUAUUCCAUCAAGUGGUUCUCCUGGCCAAUGGAAGAAUAGCAUUCCACGGAAGUAUCGAGCAAGCGGACCAAUUCUUCGCUUCUUUGAACUACAAAUGUCCGGUGGGUUUCAACGCGGCGGAGUAUUACGUGACUUUGCUCGGCGUAGACGUGGAGAAGGAGAUGGAGAGCCGCGAGAGAAUCCGUCGCAUUUGCAAUGAGUACCAGCGGUCUGACUUCGCGACUGCCAUUGAGAACAAGAUCGGAGAUGUUAAAGACGAGAUCGAGUAUUUCAACGGUACAGUAGAUCAGAAGAAUGUCUACUUCGAGCGAUAUUUAACACUAGUCAAAGUAAACUAUUUCGUCCAGUUCUACUGGCUGUUGUGGAGAAAUUUCCUCGCUUUAAAACACAACAAUUCCGUAUGGCUAGCUGAAUUCGUACUUCUAAUGUUCGUAGGUCUUAUAAUAUCGGUACCCUACGCUGGUCUAUUCAAAGACUUGGACCAGCGCGACAUUCAGAACGCGGAGGGUCUGUUGUACCUCACCAUCACGGAGACCAUCUUCCUCUCGAUUUAUGCUGUCUUCAUCACAUUCCCGAGCGAAGUGCCGGUGUUGCUGAGAGAAACUGCCAGCGGGCUGUAUUCCCCGUUACCAUAUUAUCUGUCUAAAGCAAUAUUUUGGAUCCCGCGAGCUGUGAUCGCGCCGGUGCUUUUUGCCUCGCUGGUGUUUACAGUGGCCGGACUACAAGGUGGCUUUAUGAACUGGCUCGGUUUCUGUUUCGUCUGCGUCUUGUGUGCAAACUACGCUAAUGCUUACGGUUCAUUCCUUUCAUCCGUGUUCGAUAAAAUGGAGACAGCAGCUUUAGUCUCCGUUCCCUUCGAACUGGUAGGCACGAUGUUUUCUGGUAUCUACCUCAACCUGGCCAGCGCGUCCCCCUACGUGUCCUGGCUGCGUUACAUCUCAGGCUUCUACUAUGGAGUUGAAAGUAUUUCCAUUCUUCAAUGGGAUUCCAUACAGACUAUAGAGUGUAAAUCCCCCGGCUCACCGUGUAUUAAAACUGGACCCGAAGUUCUCAGGAAAUUUGGCUUCGCCGAAGAGAACUUCUGGAGGAAUUGUAUCUGUUUGGUUAUUAUGUACUGCGUGGCUCAUGUCACGGCUUUUAUUAUGGUAGUCAAGAGAAGCAGAGGCACGCCUGUUUAUUAAAUGACGUGUGCUGUGGAAAUUUAUGGAAAUGUAGAUCUGAGGUAUUGUAAAGCGAGACAUUAUUAUUAUGUUCGUUCUAAAUGAUGUCCGUUUUACAUACAGGGUAUUUUUAUAAUUGCAAAAUGUUUCGUCCACUAAAAUAUACAUUAAGACCAACGUUAAUGUAAGAACUUUUGUAAUGUUUUUUACUUGAUGAAAAUUUUACAAGAAAAGCAUAUUAUGCAAUGUUUGCUUUUAGUGAGAAUUUUUGAUACGAUAUUAUGUGAGCUAAAGCUUUCAUGCAAUUUUUAAUUUUUUAAAUAAACUACAAUUUUUUCUAA